CCGGAGUCUCUCGCAGCUUGGCGUGCGUUGUGCUGACUUGCGCUCAGCUCCUCAGCCUCACCAUAAACCAGCAAAACCCAGAGAGUGUUGUUAGGGAGCUUGUGGGAGUCCGGAUUUUGAGUCCUGUUUUUCCCGAACUUCGGGGUGUGGAAGGGAGGGGAAGUCCCAGUUGCUUUACUGUUUUGUUUGCGAGAAGGGCAAAGUUCGCAUCUUCCGUCUUUCACUACUUCCAAGGGGGACGCUUUGUGUUUGUAAACCAGGAUAUAGUAACUCGAACCAAGAACUGCUGCAGAACCUCGCAGGUCUCGUUCCUGCCAGUACCCCGAAUUUUAAUUGCACUCAAGUUUGACAAGCCGUAGUCUUAGCAGUCCGGUGUGAAGAAUCGUCAUUGAAGAUACGGUUUUUGGUUUUCAGUUACCUUAACUGCAACUUCAAACUGAGGCAAGUGUCCAGAGGAUGGUUGGGAUGAAAGUACACUUGAACUUUUUUUACAUGAACUUGCAAUCAUGGAUAGCAACAAUUUCCUGGGCAAUUGUGGUGUGGGAGAAAGGGAAGGGAGAGUGGCAUCUGCCUUAGUUGCUCGGCGUCAUUACAGGUUCAUUCAUGGAAUUGGACGAUCGGGUGAUAUUUCUGCUGUGCAGCCAAAAGCUGCAGGUUCUAGCCUUUUGAACAGAAUUACCAAUUCUUUGGUCCUGGACAUCAUAAAGUUGGCUGGUGUCCCUACAGUGACCAACUGCUUUGUAGUUCCCAUGGCAACUGGUAUGAGUCUAACCUUGUGUUUCUUAACAUUACGACACAAAAGACCAAAGGCAAAGUAUAUUAUAUGGCCGAGAAUAGACCAGAAGUCCUGCUUUAAAUCCAUGAUCACUGCAGGUUUUGAGCCUGUGGUGAUAGAGAAUGUUUUAGAAGGUGACGAGCUGCGCACAGACCUGAAAGCAGUGGAGGCUAAAGUUCGGGAACUUGGGCCUGAUUCCAUUCUGUGUGUUCAUUCCACUACAUCCUGUUUUGCUCCAAGGGUGCCUGAUAGAUUAGAAGAACUGGCUGUGAUUUGUGCUAAUUACGGCAUUCCCCAUAUAGUCAACAAUGCUUAUGGAGUGCAGUCUUCAAAGUGUAUGCACCUCAUCCAGCAGGGGGCUCGGGUUGGCAGAAUAGAUGCUUUUGUUCAGAGCUUGGACAAAAAUUUUAUGGUUCCGGUAGGUGGCGCUAUAAUUGCUGGCUUUAAUGAUUCCUUCAUUCAGGAAAUCAGCAAGAUGUAUCCAGGAAGAGCUUCAGCUUCACCUUCUUUAGAUGUCCUUAUUACUUUAUUAUCACUUGGAUCAAAUGGCUAUAAGAAGCUAUUAAAAGAAAGAAAGGAGAUGUUUUCAUACUUGUCCAGCCAACUAAAGAAGCUGUCAGAAAACUACAAUGAAAGGCUGUUGCAUACACCUCACAAUCCUAUAUCUUUAGCUGUGACACUUAAGACACUAGGUGAACACCAAGACAGAGCCAUCACUCAGCUUGGCUCAAUGCUUUUUACCAGACAGGUUUCUGGAGCCAGGGUUGUGCCUCUUGGGUCUGUGCAAACCGUGAGUGGCCACACUUUCCGAGGCUUUAUGUCACAUGCAAAUCAUUACCCUUGCGCUUACCUCAAUGCUGCAGCGGCCAUCGGAAUGAAGACACAGGAUGUGGACUUGUUCAUGAAGAGACUUGACAAGUGUUUAAAGACAGUAAGGAAAGAACAAAAGAAAGAGAGUAAUGCAUCUGGAGUUGACAAUUACGACACAACUAAAGAUGUGGAUAUUGAAGAAAUGGCUUUAAAACUAGAUAAUGUGCUUCUUGACACGUACCAGAAUUCUUCAUGACAUGUGAACGGUUUCUUUUUGAUCAUUUGAGAGAAGUGAUGAGGCUGCAGUACAAAUAAGCAGUUUAAAGAUAACGCUUGCGGUUUCUGAAUUGAGGAUGUCAUGGAGAAUAUUUGGUCAAGAUACAGAAUGUGGUCUGAGCUAGCCAUUGAUGACUGUUACGUUUUUUUUUUUUCUUAGACUGCCUCAAUCAUUAUGAUCCUUAACAGAUAAAAUACAAUUAGGAUUUUUCUAUUUGUUAGAAUAUUUGUCAAUUAAGCAUUAUGAUUCAGAUAAUUCUUACUAAUGUGACAGUAAAAUUACUUCUGAUUCUUUUUGAAAUGUGUAAACUGCUUCCUCCUAACCAUUCUCUACCAUUCACAAAUUACUUAUGUUUCUGGCCACAGAGAAUUUAGAAUGAUCUAGUGCUACUAUUUACAAGAGGUUGAUGUGUGUAAGUCACGGUCUGCCUGUGAAAUGGACAUUCCCCAGGGAAGCAGAGUCCAGGCGUAAGCUUUAGUUUUCACGCAGUAGCAGUGCUUCUCAACUGGGGAUGAUUUGCUUAUAUCGAAGCAACAUCUGGGGACAUUCUUGGUGGUCACAACUUGUGGAAUGCUAUUGACAUCCAGGGGUGGAGGCCAGGGGUGCUACUGCUCAGCAUUCUACAGUGGAGGAGACAACUUCCCAGGACAAAGCCCCAAAUCUCAAUAAUACUGAGGUCGAGGAAGUACUACUCUGAACCAACUCCUCAAGUGAAGUUUCCCACAGCAACAGUAGUGCUUCAAAGAAGAGAGCUCUAUAAAUGUUAUCAAACUGUACAGCGUUAGAUUCUUAAGUGAUAACCGGGGUUACCCGUUCUAAACAUGAGAUUCUGUGGCCCUUGCGCAUUUUUCCAUUUGGGCCAGUGAAAACUUUAUUCUACUGUUUUUGCUUUAAGCAGGCUCUGCAUAUCGGUUUGUUUAGGUGUUGUGCACAGCCGUUAUCAAGAGUGGUUAACCUGGGUAUUUUUGAACAUAUUUUUGCUAGGGAGGUGAAAAUGAUGUAGUAGGCUAAACAGGUGUAUUCCCGUCCUCCCCCCUCCCACAUGCUCACUUUCUUAGUCUGGUAUUCCAGCUUUACUGGCUAUAACAAUUUUUGUUGCUUAUUUUUAAGAAAUAGACUAAUGUCUCAAAGCCUGAGGAAUUAGUGAAGCUUUUGAGUACACCAAAAUGCCAAAGCCAUAUUUCUCAAGACGUGCUCGGUGGAGCGGUAUUCCUAUGAGAUGCUCAGGGGAUAAAGUGUUCCAUGGGCAGAUCAUUUUGGGCCUUCGUAAACCUACCUGUUGGCAUAUUACAGGCUCUGAGAAUUCCUUGGAAGCCUACUUAAAUGUGUCCUUAUCCAAAGGUGGAACCCUUUUUUCAAUUAAAUACUUACUCUGACAUCCCACUGAACAUGAUUUUGAAAACAUUGCAGUUGAGAAUGCAGCCUUGGUUUCUGGGUUGUGUUUUUCCCUGUCGAUUUGGUCGCGUAAACCAUCUCACACAUGAACUCAGACAGAUAGCGCUCCCAUCAGUGUGUAAGUUAAAAUACUCUGACACUAGCUUGACCACCUUGGACGUCGAGACUGUUGAGAUAAAGUACUUAAUUAUCAAUAUUGUAAAAGUUACUUUUAAACUAUUGUAUCUUUGGGGUUCCAGUAUUUUAGAUAUCUUUUUCUAAUAGCUAUAACAACACAUUCCAGAGGAGGAAAUCCUGGAUUAAAAGGUGGUGUGGGGUUUUCUAUGUGAAUUUGGGACCGAGUUGUAGACCCGAGUCUGCCGGAGGGAACGGAGCGAUGUUGCAGAUGCUCGGUGCUGGUGGCGCAGCUUCCUGGACGCGGGGGCCAGGCCGGGUUUCUGGAACAAGUGAUCUAUACCGUGUGAUCAUCAUUUAGCUUGAGAAGGCCGGAGCCGAGAGACCAGCAAAUGUUUUCUCAUCUGUAGUGUAUCAGCAGUUCUUGGGCUUCAGCUGCUGAAUAGAUAAUAAUUCUAAUUGAAGAUAAAUUACAUGAACCCACAUGUGAAUGAUGGAUGUGUUGUAACAUUUCAUUCCUGGCGCAUAAAAUCAGCUGCAGUUUUUAUUAUUCUUUCUCUUCAGGGGUUUUGGAAUAACAGUGCUAUUCCUGAUGGUUUAAAUUUGACCUUGAGGUCCUGGAAUUCCUGAGUUUUUGAAGGGGUGCUGUAGAUUCUGCACAUUCAGGCUUGCCUUCGCUCCCACCCCAGGGUCGUUUUUGCUCACUCUCGCCCACUUCCACAUAUAAGUGUAAAAAAGUAUAUACGUACAAUUAUUCAUUUUAAAUUGCUAGUACCGAUCGGUAAACCUCAUAAUUGGCCUUUGUUACCCUUGAACUAUGGCAGAGGGGCAAUGGGGCGAUCCGGUUUCCAAUCACGACUAAGAUGACCCGUCUUUAUGAUCCAACUGCCCUUAUUAAGGCUCUCAGGUAGAGUUUUGGAGUUUGGUUUUUAAAGUCAUUGGACUGUGGUAGCCUUCCCAGAAAAGAAAAUUGAGUAACACAAAAUAUUCUUUAGGUCACUACACAGUGUGUUACUUAUACGCACAGCAGGGAAAGGUAUUUUAAAAUCCAGCUCUCAGUUUGGCUCUUAUGUCCUCUGUUGAUGAAUUCUCACUCUUAUCAGGGAAUGAUAUGUGAUACCAGCCUCAGGAGCUCAGUGUUCAACCAUAAAUCUUUCUAUUUAGCUUUUUGUAUUAGUUGAAUGAAGUUACAGAAUAUGAAUUAUUGAAUACAGUUUCUGUUCAGCUAAUAGGCACUUGAUAUACAGAAUGGUAAAUUUAAAUAUAAAUGAAGUUUUUUCUGAUAUUUCUCCCCAGCACAUAACUUUCCUGUGGUUCUAUUUCUGUAAGCACCCCAUCAUGACUGUCAUCGGGCCUGAGCUAUAGGCUGUGUUUUCAUUUGUAGACUGUAUGCCUAUGAGAGGCUUUAGUAAAAUUUGAAUGAAAUAAAGACAGUUUUUUUAA